GCGUUCAAAAUAGGUCAACGUCACGCACCUAUUCAUCUCUUUCAGCUCCAUCCAUCUCCCUUACUCUUCCUGUCGAAAUGCGUCUUUGUUGAUCGGCAUGCACGCGCGCUUUGGUGGAUCCAGAGUUUCACGUUUCGUGGUCGUGUGUAUGUCGUCCCAGUUGGAAGGGAACCGCGGUCAACAUGGAUGUAUUGAUGGAUCUGGAACCAGGCCUGGCGGUAUCCGCCAGUCUCUGGGGUCACCUGCGGCACUUGUGGACCUGAUUCUUUUCUUGCCACGGGUGUCGUCUCCUCACGCUCGAAUUCGAAUCGAGUCAAGGCUUUGUCCAGCUGAGGUGCCAUCUCGACGUUUUUUUUUUUUGUAUUCCUCGACUUCUUCUCUUUGUCGAAAUACAUCUUUGUUGAUCGGCAUGCACGCGCGCUUUGGUGGAUCCAGAGUUUCACGUUUCGUGGUCGUGUGUAUGUCGUCCCAGUUGGAAGGGAACCGCGGUCAACAUGGAUGUAUUGAUGGAUCUGGAACCAGGCCUGGCGGUAUCCGCCAGUCUCUGGGGUCACCUGCGGCACUUGUGGACCUGAUUCUUUUCUUGCCACGGGUGUCGUCUCCUCACGCUCGAAUUCGAAUCGAGUCAAGGCUCAGUCCAGUUGAGGUGCCAUCUCGAUGCCUUGUGUUACCCGCUUGUCCUUGUCCUACAUAUUCCUCUUCCUCCAGGGAAUCGAUUUAAGCAGAAUGGACCAUUUUGUUCAGGUGAAGUUCUAAAGUUCCUUAUACCCAAAGCAUAGUCCUGCCUUCGUAUGCCUCUAAUGCUCUAAUUGCAUUCCUGAACACUCCUCUCAUUGCUUUUUAUUAAUAUGUCGCGAAUUGAAAGGGCUUUGUAUUCGGGAACGUUUGUACUUCACGACAUCUGCACUGAAAGUUAUGCAGCAGGAGCAACUCUAUUGGCGCGUUUCAGCAAUGUUGCGGUGUAUUGAGCCGAUGCGAAGUUUGCUCUGGGCGGUUUUCUGGAAGCCAUUAUAGCGAAGGAAGCGUUCACGCGGAGGCAGAAGUCCGGACAAAUAAAGCACUUGUAUAACCGCAGCUCAAUCGCUUGAUUCCUGUGAAAAUUAUUGUAGGCGCCAGUAUUGACAUCAGUGCGACAGUGCUACCGCGCCUUUCUUAUUCUGCCUGGUCGU